GGACACGUGCUUUUGUCAUCAUAAUCACAAUCACGAGUUCUUAAACUCGACAACUUUUAUAGCGAGGAAAAUAACUUACAGCUUACAAAUUACUUACUUAAAAAUUUUUUUCCAACUUACUCAAUCUUUUUUUUUUCCUCAUUAUACUCAAACUUUUUUAUGUUUAAUACAAAAGCUCUGACGCUCUUAACGGUCUAAUGAUGCUCAGUUACGGCAAAGAUUUUGAAGUUACCACAGAUCAAAAUGUGAACAAUGAAUUUCCUAGAACAUUUGAUUCAAAUCUUGAUAUUUUUACACGGAUUUUAGGAGUUUCUACAGCGAUCGUUGUAUGCGGAGUUGGCGCAGAUGUGGCUUAUCAUCGACACAUCAUGGGUUAUUACGUUACAGUCGCGUCUGCUAUGAUUUUCUUCCUCGAGAUUACUUGGGCUAUCACGCUCUUCGUACAGAUAUGCUUUAGGAAUGAAGAGGCUUAUUGUUCGCGUUGUUGGUCCUACGUUUUGACAAUAACGAAAGGCUGGAGACGAGCUUUGUUUUACCUUCCGCUGUCGAGUAUUUUGGCAUGGAAACCCCACAACUUGUGGCUCUCUUUUGUCGCUGCUGGACUUCUAGCUGGUUUGUCGUUAUUACACAUAAUAUCGAGCUUAUUGAGCCAACGUAAAUCUAAUCAGCCUAGUAAUGAUUCAUUGGGCGAGAGAUUACUGAAUGCCAGACCUGAAAUUUACGAUCGAUUUGAAGAAGUUUUAGUUACAGAAGUAUUAGACGAUGGAGUCGGAGGAGCAAUGGGACGAGUAGGCGAUAGCGACGGGGAAAUGUGACACGAAAGACAGCCC